AUAUUUUUCUGACAAAUCAUCAGAAAACCCCACCUCCCUCUCCUCAUUCUGCUUCACUUUGUUUACUUCACUUUCUACUUUCUAAAAAAAAAAACACUGCAACUAAACCUCUGUUUCAAUGAAACCCUAAUUAGCUAGCCAAGAAUCAAGAAACCCCUCUUUGUCUCAAGAAUAUGAGAAAACUUGACAUGGGCACUUUGAUUUUUGCAGUUUCAGCUCUUUUGCAAGCAGCCCUUUUCAGCAUUUGCUCUCUUGCUCUUAGUCAAGAUGGUGUUACAUUGCUGGAUUUGAAAAUUAGUUUGAAUGAUAGCAAGAGUUUUCUUAGUGACUGGAAUGAUGGUGAUGAAACUCCAUGCCAAUGGACUGGUAUUUCUUGCAAUGCAGAUGACCAAACAGUUAGCUCAAUAAACUUGCCUUAUAUGCAGCUUGGAGGGUUUAUAUCUCCAAUUAUUGGUAAACUAAGAAGACUCGAGAGGCUGGCACUUCACCAGAACAGCUUACAUGGUGUUAUUCCAAAGGAAAUCGCCAAUUGUUUUGAACUCAGAGCCCUGUACUUGAGAGCUAAUUAUCUUCAGGGUGAAAUACCACCAAAUAUAGGGGACCUGCCAUCUCUCAAUAUAUUAGACCUAUCAAGCAAUUCGAUUACCGGUUCUAUACCAGCCUCGCUUGGUCGUCUAAAAAGGCUACAUUAUAUGAACUUAUCAGCAAACUUCUUUUCGGGUGAAAUUCCAGAUGUUGGAGUGCUUAGCAAGUUCAGAAACAAUUCGUUUAUUGGUAAUUUAGAUCUCUGCGGUCGGCAGAUAAACAAGCCAUGUAAAACUUCAUUGGGGUUCCCUGCAGUGUUGCCACAUGCUGAAAGUGAUGAAGUUGCUGUCCCUACCAAGAAAUCUUCUCAUUACGUGAAAGGAGCUUUGAUUGGAGUUAUGUCCACACUGACAAUAGCACUUCUUGUGCUCAUUGUUUUCUUAUGGGUUUGGUUUCGGUCCAAGAAAGAGAGGGCUACCAAAAGAUACAAGGAAGUUAAAAAACAAUCUUCCAUGGAAACAGGCACCAAGCUUAAAACAUUCCAUGGUGAUCUUCCAUAUACCUCAAGUGAGAUUAUAGAAAAACUUGAAUGCCUUACAGAGGAAGAUGUUGUAGGAACUGGAGGUUUUGGUACUGUUUAUCGGAUGGUAAUGAAUGAUUGUGCAACAUUUGCUGUAAAGAGGAUUGAUAGGAGUCGUGAAGGCUGUGAUGAGGUAUUUGAAAUGGAGCUGGAGAUAUUGGGCAGCGUGAAGCACAUUAAUUUGGUCAAUCUUAGAGGUUACUGUAGGCUCCCUAAUGCAAAGCUUCUUAUCUAUGACUACUUGGCCUUGGGAAGCUUGGAUGACUUUUUGCAUGAACAUUGGGAAGACCAAUCAAUGAAUUGGAACGCUCGCUUGAGAGUAGCUCUCGGAUCUGCUCGAGGUUUGGCAUACUUACACCAUGAUUGCUAUCCGAGAAUCAUCCAUCGUGAUAUAAAAUCUAGCAACAUACUCCUUGAUGAAAACCUAGAACCCCAUGUGUCAGACUUUGGGCUUGCCAAGCUUUUGGUCGACGAGGAUGCUCAUGUCACAACAGUUGUUGCUGGCACUUUUGGCUAUAUGGCCCCAGAGUAUCUACAGAGUGGAAUGGCCACGGAGAAGUCUGAUGUAUAUAGCUUUGGAGUUCUUCUAUUAGAGCUUAUAACUGGAAAGAGGCCCACUGAUCCUGCCUUCGUAAAACAUGGUUUGAAUGUUGUUGGUUGGAUGAAUACGCUGGUGCGUGAGAAUCGAAUGGCAGAAAUGGUAGACAAAAGAUGCAAGGACACAGACUUAGAAACUGUGGAAGCAAUCCUAGAAAUAGCUGCAAGGUGCACUGAUGCAAACCCAGAUGAACGGCCGCAGAUGCAACAGGUGCUCCAGUUCCUAGAGCAAGAGGUCAUGUCACCUUGCCCAAGUGAUUUUUAUGAUUCUCAUUCCGACUAUGCCUGAUUUCCAUAUCAACCAUAUAUUAUUGUUGCAUAACGAAUGUUGAAUAUGCAUCUAAUCUCCCUUUUCGUCCUCACUGUGGCUACUAAGCUUUGGCGACCUGUACUGUAUAAUGUAUAUACAGCUUUAAGAGAUCAAUGUGCUCGUCGCUUUGCACCAUUUAUAUUUA